AGAGAAAAUAAGCUAAGAACAACAACGAAGUGUAUUUAGUUUAAUUGUUGAUCUUAGUUUCUAGUGACACAAGUAACAAAACCUUGAAAUUAACUUUAAAGGGAUUAGACCAUGAUAGGAAAUGAAAAGCAAGGAUAGACUUCCUUGUGGUGUGAUAUGCAUGAAGGCUAGAUUGUGACAUUUAGAGAAGGAUGAUGUUCAGUUUGAGCCGUUGUGGUCUUUGCAUGUGUGUGCAGAGACCAGUACUUCUAUUGGCACAGAAGAGGCAUUACGCGAUCCCGGAUGAAAAGAGAGGCAUGCCUUUGUACUGCGAUAGUCCAUUUGGUGUAGAAGCUUCUGAGAUUAUAGAUGUCAGAACACCAAAUGAAUUUGAGGUGGAUCAUAUUCCCAAGGCAGUCAACCUGCCUGUUUUAAGACAGUCUGAACAUCAUGAAGUCGGCUGCCUAUAUAAAUGCAAUCAGUUCAGGGCGAGGAAACUGGGAGCAGAAAUUAUAUCUAAAAAUAUCAGUGGAUUUCUCUCCAGUCACUUCAUUGAUAAAGAAAGUGAUUACCAUCCAUUAAUCUAUUGCUUUAGAGGUGGCCAGCGGUCAUUGAGCUUGGCUUUAGUCCUAUCUCAAAUUGGCUUCAAAGUUUCAGUCUUGAAGGGUGGCUACAAGAAUUACAGGAAGCUGGUUCAGGAACAAUUGAAAGAGCUCCCUAAAGGGUUUAAUUUUAAUGUUAUAUCAGGGCUCACUGGAUCUGGGAAAACUUUGUUGCUUCACACGUUGCAUCAGCAUGGAGAACAGGUAUUGGAUCUGGAAGCACUAGCCAACCACAGGGGAUCAGUGUUAGGUUUAGAACCUGGUGUAUGCCAACCCUCACAAAAGUACUGGGAGUCUCUCCUAAGAGAUAGGCUGUCAAGUUUUGACGUUAGCCGCCCAGUGUGGGUGGAAUCAGAGGGUCGAGGUAUUGGCAGGUGUUUUAUACCCGAGGAGAUGUUUAAAGCCAUGUGUUGUAAUAGUAGGAAGUAUGUUAUCAUACUACCAUUGGAUAAAAGAAUUCAUCAUAUCAUAUCAGAGUACAGGUUCUGGACUGUCCAGAAAGAGGAUACUAUUACAUGCAUAACCAACCUUAAAAAGUUUCACAGAGAUAAGAAAAUUGAACAUUGGUGUGAGCUUGUGAGAAAGGAGCAGUGGGAAGACUUUGUGAAGGACAUACUGACAGAGCAUUAUGAUAAAGCUUACUCCCAUAGUCAGAAAAAGAUGCUCAGCAGGUCCUGUGAUAACUCUGUGGAAGAAUUAUUGAUUCCCGACCUGACUCCUGGCACGCUAUCAGAUUUGGUAAAGAGGAUUGUGUAACCACUGCUGAAUAGGCAGUUUUCCAGUCAUCAUGUAAUAAAAUGUUUAUUUUCAGUGAAAGCAAAGU